GUGGCCAGGGAGGACCACAGAGGUCAUGUCCUAUAGCCUAGGUUUAGAAAUUUAGGAUUAUUAUUUUGGCUGAUUCCAGUAUUUUCAAUGUGCCUUUAUUUAAAUGUAGGCCAACAAAAUGGAUAAAGGAUCUGUAUGUAUCCAUCGGAAUAUUAUUCCUGGCAAGCGGAGAGGGCUUUGAGACACCAUUAAUAGACCUUUAUGGGAGAUGAAUGGUAGGCUAGCUAAUCCUUUCAUGAUAAUGUCUUAUAAUGCUUCCUGGAAAUAACUAGGCUAUAUAAGUUGUAUUAUUGGGAAAUCGAGACAACGUUUGAUUGUUGUAUUGUAUAUGGUUUUGACUCAUGACCUCCGUAAUUUGUUAAAAACCUGGCUACCGCUCCAAUAUCCCACUUGUGUUGGUCAACUUCUGUAGCUAGUCCAAGUGGUUGACUUUCUCAGAGACGAUCUUUGGCAGCCGGUCCUUGUCACCGCGGUGCAUUAUGGUCCUAUACAAGAGGACUCUUGCUGUCUGUCCUCUUGUUUGCUAGUUGCUUCCAUCCUGCUAACUUACACAACAGUGUUUUGGGACUAAAAUAGAGCCUACUGUGUUGGUUGAGGAAAGUCUGUAGUUAGCGGCAGGUAACUGACCUGUGUUACUUGUGUCUUCGUUUACUGUCACAAAUUUUAAAUGGAUAAUUAACUUAGAACACGGGCUAUUCCUGAUAGUAGCAGUUGAGAUAACUUGUAACAUGUUAGCAUUACUAACAUGCAGAGCUGCACAGCACUCUUGAAAACACUGUGAAGAAAGUUAGCUAAGACAACAUGCAGUAUGACUAGCAGUACUGGAGGCUACGUUAACCAAUAUUUUAUCACCACUUUAAUCUUUUUACGACACAUUGCAUUCCCUUCUUUCCUUCCUUUUCUCCCCCACCGUUCCCUGCGGUUGUAUGUUGUAUGAUCUCCUUGCUGCAGUGGAGAUGAAACUACACAGUGUGCUGCUGAUUGGCUAUAUGAACUGCACUAGGAUGUAUCUGCCAUUCGGUGGGAACUUUUAUCCAAAGCGCCUUUUUAGUAAUGUUAGUUCUUUUUCCUCAAGAAUGGGUGGGACUCAAACCCGUAUCCUUUGUGGUGCUCGUACAGUACUCUACCCACUGAAGUACACUGUGCCACUUGGAAACAGAGAACUGGGAUUGUACCGCAGGUGUUACAGUGGUGUUGGUUCAAAUGCACUCUGCAGUCAAACACUGCCGUUGUCCAGAUGUCAACCCAGAAGAUCUCAGUCUGCUGCGGUGAGAAAGGAGAACCUGCUACAAGGAGGUGCAACAUGGCCUGUGUCAUUUAUCCGCCACAGAGUGACAGACGUUUCCAGUGUGCCUCCAGCUUUUGUAGUGAUGAGUUUCGACCAAGAGGGAAAUGUGACAUCAUUUGAGAAGAAGAAAACGGAGCUUUGCCAGGAGCUAAGUCUUCAGGCCAGAGACCUUCGCUUCCAGCACAGCACCAGCCUCAUAGCUCGAAACAACUGCAUUAUCAUACGGAUGGAGACUUUGAAAGCUAUCGUGACUCCGAAGUCCCUGUUGGUGUUGGAUUUUCGUGGGUUUGGAUUGGAACGUUGGUUGGUACUGGAACUGGCGCCUCAGAUAGCGUCACAGUCACACGCUCUGCCCUUCGAGUUCAGAGCACUGGAGGCCAUCCUGCAGCACAAGGUAAACACUCUACAAGCUCGGCUGAAUGAUGUUGAACCAGUAAUGUUGGACACAUUGGAAUCCCUGGUGGAUCCUAAAAUCCUUUCCGUUGAUAGAAGUAAACUACAUAUACUGCUGCAGAACAGCAAGAGCUUAUCAGAGUUGGAGACGGACAUUAAAGUCUUUAAAGAUACCUUGCUGAAGAUUUUGGAUGAGGACGAGAUCAUUGAAGAACUCUGUUUGACCAAGUGGACAGACCCAAGAGUGUUUGAGGAGAGCAGUUUAGGUAUUGACCACGCUGAGGAGAUGGAACUUUUAUUGGAGAAUUACUUGAUGCAGGCUGAGGAGCUGGGGAACAAGACCAGAGAGCUGAAAGGGCUGAUAGACGACUCCGAGAGUGUCAUCUUUAUCAAUCUGGACAGCCAUCGUAACGUGAUGAUGCGCCUGAACCUGCAACUGGCGAUGGGUUCCUUCUCCCUUUCCUUAUUCGGUCUGAUAGGGGUGGCCUUUGGAAUGAAUUUGACAUCAUCCUUUGAAGAGGACCCUCGUAUUUUCUGGCUGGUAACAGGCUUCAUGUUCUUGGGCAGUGGGCUGAUAUGGAGAAGACUGCUGUCAUUUCUGGGACGACAUCUAGAGCCUUCAGUACCCCCUCUAAUCCCUCAAGUUUGGAAGAGAAAUAUGAAAGCAUCAGACAUCAAGGCGGGAGUCAGAUGAUGUUCUACCACCGCUCUGUAAAAUACCACUGGCCUCCUACAGACUGUGCAGCUUUAGAGGCGAUUGCUUUACCAACCUGGACCUCCUGAAUUCUCUACAAGGGCUGGACAUAUUCAUUUAGUAACACACCUCAUCGUUUUACACUCCCAUGCAUACAGCAGAGGUUAAGACUGCAUCCAAAUGCCCGUAGACGUCAGUGUGUUGUGUGCUUCUGUGUCCCCAUCAUUAAAUUUCUCGUACUAUGUCGGGGUUAUUUCAGAUACUUGAUUAGAUGUCACCUAAUCAUAUCAUAUCUGCAUGUACAGUAUGUGGAUAAAACACUUGGGGGUAUUGCUCUGUCAGUGGUUUUAGAGCAGUGCGUGGUUGCUUGGGCGAGUGGCAGCAAUUGGAAAUGAAAUGGAUAAAAAGCUAACUAAUAUGAUAACCUCCUUACAUGUACUUGUAUGUUCCUUCAUGUAAUAGGUGAAAUGUGUGUUAAAAUGAUUUGAAUCUUAUUUUUUAAAUGGAUAUGAACCAAAUGAAUGUGUAAAGUCUAUUUUAAGGUUCACAGUGUUAUUUACUGUAUGCUCAGUAUGUAAGUAAGAAUUUGCCUUUAUUAAGCUGAGUGGUUACAGUGUGCAACAGUGUAACAUCAGUUAGACAAUAAAGACUUCCAGAAACAUUUAUGACAUCAUCAUACAUGAUAUCAGAUCCUAAUCAGAUAUCUGAUGUGAUUGGCAACAUAGUCUGGCUUACCAGAUGUACAUUGCUGGGAUAAAGCCUGAUAUCACAAGCUGGGGGUCCCUUUCCUUCCGCAAUCUCUACUAUCUAUUUUGCAAGGGCACUGUCGCUGCAUCUAGAGUUUAGCGGCACAAGUCAGAGCUUUUUUUUAUCCCUGUCCCCGAAUACUGUAGAUCAUCGGUGUAGCCAGACCAUACUCCAGCACUGUCACAGCACAAUGCCAGACUAUUGUAAACAUAAUUGGUUAAAAGCAGUCACACAUGGGACACAUUUUCAGGCAUUUCAUCAAAUAUUCUUCAGUCUUUAAAAAAAUUUUUUUUGCCAUUUUAUUUUUGUAUUGUGUCUCACUUUGUAACUGUAAGUAAGUCUCAACAUGUUUGCCCAGAAAUUAAAGGGUCAUGAGGAACUUUCAA